UAGUAAUUCCCUUCGGGAUCGAGAGGAGGUCAGCUGAUCGUUUCACCGGAGCACCGUGGGACUCUGAACGCCGUCAUCACGAGCCCACCGGAGGAUCAUUCAUCCGCUUAUUCAGCCCCAAAACAAAGACGUUAAUCCUCCGAAGAUGUCCGACACCGACCAGCAGACCCCGCCCCCGGCCCCACGCACAGGGCCCCUGCAAUUCCUGCUGAGCAACAAGCUGGAGACGGCCAUGUGGCUGUCCCGGCUGUUCACCGUCUACUGCUCCGUCAUGUUCAUCCUGCCGCUGCUUGGGGCGCACGCGGCGGCUAACUUCUACCAGCGCGCCCUGCUGGCCAACGCCCUGACCAGCGCCCUGCGGCUGCAUCAGCGGCUGCCCCACUUCCAGCUGAGCCGGGCCUUCCUGUCCCAGGCGCUUCAGGAGGACAGCUGCCACUACCUGCUGUACUCCCUCAUCCUGGUCAACUCCUACCCCAUCACCAUGAGCAUCUUCCCAGUCUUCCUCUUCUCUCUACUCCACGCCACCACCUACACCAAGAAGGUCCUCGACUCCGUGGGCCCCACCAGCCUCGGCUUCAUAAGGAACUUCCUGGACAAGCUGACGGCCAACCAGCAGAAUAUCCUGAAGUUCAUCGCCUGUAACGAGAUCUUCCUGAUGCCCGCCACCGUCUUCAUGCUCUUCAGUGGUCAGGGCAGUAUGCUGCAGCCCUUCAUCUACUACCGGUUCCUCAGCCUGCGCUACACGUCCAGGAGGAACCCCUACUGCCGCACCCUGUUCACGGAGCUGCGCGUCCUCCUGGAGCACUUCAUCAUGAAGCCCACCUGCCCCGCCUUCUUCAGGAAGAUGUGUCUGAGCAGCAUCGCCUUCGUCAGCCGCCUGGCGCCCACCGGGGUCUGAGCCCCCCCCACCCCCCACCCCCCACCCCCACACUCCUUUGUUUUGGUUUUAAACUUCUUGGGUCGCCCCCCCCGGCCCGCCGAGAGGGACCAGGCUCAAACUCGGGGAGGGGAGGAACAGACGUUACCAUGCCAACAGAAGAAAACGUUCUCUGAAUGUCCACCAAUGUUUUUUUCCCUGCUUCUCCCUCUAUCUCUCUCUCCACGUACGGUUGCCGUCGACGUCCGGCCUGCUAGCACUGAGCCGUCUUGCUGUCUCUUUUUCAUUUUUAUUUUUAUUUUCUGUUUAUAUAAUCUUACACCCGGACUUUCUUCUUUGCUCCUCCCCCCUUCCUCCCCAUGCCCCGCCCCCCCAAUCGGUUGUGACGCCUGGAAGGGCGUGGUCUGUCCCCAGGGUGGGAGGAGCUACGUCGUGCUGAGGCUGUAGCUCCGCCCCUCGGUACCAUGGUCUUAUUUAUGUGAUGUCUGCUGGCCGUGGCCACGGUAGCGCUCUGAGAUUAUUGACGGUUGGGUGGCGUUUUUUUCACACCGCACUCCGAUAGGCCGCAUGGAUGAGGAGGGGGGGGGGGGGGGGGAGAUAUUUCUAUUCAUUUUUUUCUGUAUAACCUUUGGAUUUUAUGAUGUCUUACUACUUGUGCUAUUAAACUUCUAAUAAUUGCCAUUAACUUAAGUUUAGCUGCAUCGGUUGGGGUAGGUAGGUGUGUCUUGAUAAGUAACAUGUAUUUUAAAUUUGAAGGUCUAUUGUACACAAGUUGCGCUGAAUUAUCCACUAUUUCCAUGUUUGGGGUUCCGGGAGUGAAUGUGAGCGGCCAAUCGCAUCGCGGCUGAACCUCCCCGUCUGAACUCUGAUUCGUUCAUCCGCUUCCUGCUAGUGUCGCUUCCUGGAGUACCGCAUGUUCUGAUUUUUUGACAUGUUAAAUGUAUUUAUUUGCGUAUUCAAAAUUCUAUGUUUGUAGAUAGUAAUAAUAAUUCCUUAAAUGAAUAAAAUAUUAAGAUUAAAUAAGAAUGAUUCUGAA